GUACGAAGUUCUGCUUGAAUGAUGGUGAAACUACUGAAAAGACGUAUCGAUAGAUAGAUCAUCGAACCGGAACCGCCGCCGACGGUCCUAAAUCUUAAAUUCGGAUUACAAUAUGACGAGUGAAAUUGGCAUAACCUCGAAACCUUGUGUUUUGUGAGACGAACAAAGUGAUAUACAUUGUUUUUUUUUUGGAUACAGAAGAAACUGAUGCAGUGACUGUGUUCGUACCGUAGUGAGAGCUGGCAGCAGUGAGAACCCGUUGAUCCAGACAAAAAGGAGGAUUUUCACUCGACCUUGGCCCAUAUAUCGAGAGAAGAGCUUGUGCCAAAUCGGAAACUGUUGUUUGGCGCAUUUCGGAGAGAUGACGCAAACACCCAUAGUAACUAGGUUAUCCCGAAGGCAGGAUGGGAACUGCAAUCACGGGACAAAAGUAAAAAGAAGGCAAUCAGUUCCCUCUUGAUUGCUACCAACGUCCAACCGACACGCAGCGACAGCAGCGCAAUGUCCGACACGGAGGAGGACUCGGGAAGCUCCGACAGUUGGCCCAUCAACGAGGACUGGCUGGUUGAGGUCCUGAAGAAGCAUCACGAGGUGCGAUCCGGUAUCAAGAUUACGGAUUUCAAGGUGAAACAAGGCUGCCAGGAUGGGGUGAACAAUCUGAGCGACAUUCUAUCGGUUUCGGUGGUGUACGAAUUCCGGAGCGUUCAACCGGAGACAAAGAGUUUGGAUAUUGUGAUAAAACUGUUGCCGCAGGAUCCUUUCAGCAGAUUUUUUGUAACCGAGGCACAGUUCGACUUGAGAGAGAUUAAAUUUUACACGAGUAUACUACCCGAUCUGCUGUCUUUCCAAGAGCUUUAUAACACCGAAAACUAUGGUUCCGGAAUGUUGGUAUCGGUUCCGACAUGUUUCUACACUCAAUAUGCGCCGGCCAUCGCGGCUUCCCAGGGCAGUCCGGAACCUCCGGAAAGUAUUCUGGUGCUGGAGGAUAUGCGUUCUCUUGGUUACAAAGGAGCAAAUUUUUCAUCCGGACUCACGGUAAGCCAAACCGAAGCCGCUAUUCGGGCUAUUGUUGCAAUCCAUGUGCUUUCGUUAGGUAUCAAAAUAAAAAAGAAAGUUGACGUCAAUGAAAAGUAUCCGUUUCUUUUCCAAACGACUCGGGCCACCGAGAGCUAUCAGCAGCUUGUCGAACAGGGAAUGCCACAGUUGACCAAAUUCCUGGAGUCCAAAUCCGGCUACGGCAAUGAGCUGAAGGCACUGAACAAAAUCCGUCCCAAGACCAAAGAACUGAUCGAAACGCUCCUGCAGCCAAUCGAACCGAUGGGACUGAUCACGCAUACUGACUUCUGGUGCAACAAUCUGCUGUUCCGUGCCGAGUCGGACGGAACCGAUAGCUGCGUCAUUCUGGACUGGCAGAUGGUGACCUACAGUCGUCCGACGAACGAUUUGGCACUGCUGCUGAUUUCUUCCAUUCCGUCUCACAUUCGGCGACAGCACAGCACAAGACUGUUGGAUUUGUACUACAACUUGCUCAAGAGCAACUGUCAAAAGUUGGACGUAGAUAUCGAAGCCGACCUGGGCUACAGUCGGAAUAAAAUGGAACUGGAAUAUCGACAAUCGCAACUUCUAGCGCUCUUGCUUUGCAUCGGUUCUAUCGAUAUUGCCAUUGGGAAUCCGGUCGCAGAGCAGCGCCUGUUGGACGUCCUGCGUGACUUCAACGACGACGGAGUGUUAAGCUUAACCGAGUGUCUGUAAUCAAAGAGGUGACAGUCUUAGGUAACAAGUGAGCUUCAAAAUAUUCACAGUUUCGAAGAAACGAACAACAUAAAGAUUCUAACAAUUUGUUGACUGGUUGGUGAAAAGAAAAACCAGGAUUAAAUUAAAUCGUGAAAAUUGCUGAUCAAAUUCCAAAGCGACAAUUUUAAACCCGAUUUCUAUCUAGGCUAAGAUGUUCUAGUGAAUCGUUAGCGCUCUUCUGCAUUAUAAGAAAUAUAUUCCUAAUUGAUAUGCUAGUACCAGUGCUUGUAGCUAGAACCCAGGCAGAGUAGUUCAGUAAGUGAAUCGAGUCAAUCAAUCAACAGCAAAAUCAGUCAAUCACAACAAAUUGAUAUACCUUUUCUCCAGUAGCAAGAAGCAAGUUGCAUCUAUUUGAGCAUUGUAAGCAUGGUAAGAGGUUGGUUUCAGCUAGGCGUUACAAAUUGCAAAUAGAAGUUUUCUAUUAUCGCCCGGUCCAUUAGAAAAUAAAUUUGGGAUAUGUUAUGGCACACUAAAUAGCAUGCUUUUGAAGGAGAAUACAAAAAAAGAAACAUCA